GGCUAUCUUUCCAUGACAAAGCCAAAUCUUCUUCCACGUAGUAGCGACAUGGCCUCCGAGACCUCCGCCGAAUUCAGCUGGCCGCCCCUCGAGAGCAAUCCCGAAGUCUUCACCGAAUACCUCUACCAACUGGGCCUUCCGUCCGACUGGUUUGUCGGCGAAGUGUUCGGCUUGGACGACGAUUCGCUCGGGUUCGUCCCUCGACCCGUCGUGGCGGUGAUUGUCACGUUCGAGUCUCUGAAGAAGGAGACUGAUGCGGUAGCAGCGGCCAAGGCGGACUUCUUCAUGAAGCAAUCGCCCAAGCUGGAUUAUGCAUGUGGCGUGAUAGCCUGUAUCCACUCAGUGUUGAACAGUUUGGACUCGAUCACGUUGGUGGAGAACUCGAUCCUUGAAAAAUACUACCGCGCCACCAAGACCCAAUCCCCCGCCGACCGCGCAACGACUUUGGAAAACAUGACGGAGUUCCAGGAAGUCCAUACGUCGUACGCGUCGUUGGGUCAGUCCUCCGUCCCCACCGCCGAGGACGACGUGAAGCAUCACUUUGUCACGUUUGUCCAAAACGCUCUCGGGCAACUGAUAGAGUUGGACGGGCUGAAGAAAGGACCGGUUGUCGUCAACGCCGAGAGCUCAGACAUCCUCAAAGACACGGCGGCGGUGAUACAAGCGCGGAUAGAAGCCGGUGUGUACAGCGACAGCCUCGCCGUACUCACUCUUGCCAAGGUCGCCGAUGAGUAGUGCAACUCGGCAAUCCCAUCUUGUGAUCUCCAGCCUUUUCACGUUCCCUUUUGGCAAUAUAUAUUUGAGAAUUUAAGGUGAAAAAAUAUAUAUUUCGAGUGAACUUUUCAAGAUCACUUGGUAGACGUUCGUACUUA